AUGGGGAACAAGGUGAGCAAUAUAAGCUCUAUUCCGGAGGAGUUCCUAGCGGAUGACUGGGAAGAGCACUAUGCUCGAGCCAGGAAUCCGUUCUGCGGAUAUAACUAUUGCUGCUGCUACAUAUGUGGCUUCCAGUACAAUGACUCCUGGGGCAUGCGCCCUGUCUCGUAUAGGGUACGGGGGGACAAAAGUUACCCUCGUCAUCCAAAUUACAAAGCCGUUGCUCAGGCCGAAGGCAUAGAAGAAGAACGGCUACGGCAUAUUGAAUAUGUGCCGAACCGAUGGUGGAUGUGGCAACGGAUGAUUAUCCAUAGGGAAGCGAAGUCCACAUAUAGAGUUUCUGGUACAUACUUAUUAGAACAAGAGACUUGGAGGUUGUGUGUUCCUAUCAUGGUCAAGGGGAAAAGAGUCUACGUUGAUCCCAAAGUGUAUUGUAUGGGUAUGAAGGCAACGUCUCCAGCGGAUUGGGUAGGUUGUACCGUUCAUGCCCGCUGCUGGGAACUGCUGUCGCACCAUGCGCUGGGUCGCGUCGCGGAGACUGAUCUGCCUGCUGUCAUCGCUGCCCUUCGAUAUAGACGCCGUGUGGUUGGUAGUCCAUGCAAACGUUGGGAACAUAAGAUGUUUGCGGAAGACUGA